UUGUAUUUUAAAAAUUCGAUCUGGUCCCCUUCUCUUAAUUACCACACUGACACUCACUCUCCGUCUUCUUCCCACAGAACACCAUCACCAUGAAAAGAAGACGAAAAAGAAGCAAACCCCAUCUCCUUCUGUGACUUAUCAGACCCUUCUCAGCUUUUGUCCUAAAAAAUCUACAACAACAACAACAAAUAUGUGUUACGUAGGGAAAGCAACAAAGAUCUUCAUCUUCAUUGUAACUGUACUUGUUAUUCUCGGUCUUGUCUUGGGAUAUGAACUCUUACGCCACCGCCUUCACAAAUCACACAAAUGCUCUGGUGACGACGAUGAUUGUCACCCUCCAAUUAACCUUCCCUAAUCCUACCACAAGUGGACCUUCUGGGCUGACCCCACCUAGCGCGGGCAUCUACCAAUUCAGUCCACCACCACCUACCCCACCGGACAGUGGCACUAACCUACAUCCACCACCACCCCCACCUACCCCACCGGACAUUGGCACUAACCUACCUCCACCACCACCUCCUCCUCCUCUUCUGCUGUCACCGCCGCCUCCUGCUGUGCCUGCUGUAACUGGGGCGCCACCUCCUUCUAAUAAUCCGCCGAGUAGUACUGUGUUAGUGACUCCAGGGGAUGGUUCGUUGGGUUGUGGAUUGUAUUGUCGGAUUUCGAGCAUUAGUGAAUUUACAGAGCUGUCCCUGAAUCUUUUGAUAAAAAAAAGAUGUUAUUGAUUCUU